GUUUAUGCGGGCCAAUUGGAGGUGACGGUACUUGGUACUACAAGGGUUCUUCCGUCGUAUCUACUUAUAUUCGAUGGACUUUAAUUUUUCGCACACUUCAGCAUAUUUGGUGAGUGCAGAAUACUGAAUGAAAUGAGUUUAGGAAGAAGUUCUCGAGAAGUUGUAUACAUUAAAGCCAAAGUAAGAUCAACACUUUUUCAUAGCUCAAAUCUUUUAGCUUAGCACAGAAACUGGUACUGACCAAUAUAAGAAAUUCGCAAUUGAUCCAAAUAUUACAGAUUACAAAGUUCUUUUGGGUUUGCUGCGUAAAUGCUUUGAUAUUAACUGGUAAACUAUUCGUCUAUUAGCAGACUUUUAAAAAAUGGUUAUUUAGUGGUAUCUUAUAAUGUGAAAGAUCUAAUGAAUAAACAAAGCAGAUGAUCAAAAUUUUUGCCAUAAUCUUCCCGUUUUGUGAUUGUGUUGUAUCUAGCAUCGACAGAAUUAAGUCGAUUUGGGGAGUAAAUAAGUUUGUAUCUAGAAGGAGGAUUAAUAACAAGAAAGACUUCAUAUGGUGUAGAUACAUAUCGGCUGAAUUAAUAUUUAUCGCACACGUUUGGUCAUGAUUUCUAGGCGUCGUAUUGACAUAAUUUUAUUUGGAGUUGAACAGUCAUCAGACUAAAAAAUGACAUAUCCAUAGUUUUUACCACAGGCCAUAUUAAAUAAUUGCUAGGUAGAGUGCACAAAAUAACGGCAAUUAGUGGUAAUAGACAUUCACCCACAAGUCCUUUCAUAUUUGUAUUCAAUGCCCAAAAAUCUUAUCUCUGCUAGUAUAUGCUCAUUUUAUUUACAAUAUUUGAAAUGUACUUCGAACAUUUGUGUGGUUGAUUCUAAUGUCCUCUCGACUGAAAAUACUCUAUUGGCCUGUCAAAAUGGUGUACAAUAUGGUGGUUUUGAAAGGAACUAUUUCUUAAAUAAGGUAUGAAACAAGUUCACAAUUGUAUUGAAAAUAUUAGAUAGCAAACAUAAAUAUCGAUGCUGAAGUUAUUUUUUUAUGUAAAUAACUAAGCAUUUUUAAGAUAGUAGAAAAUUAAAUGCUAAAUUGUCCUUCAGUACUUACGGUAUUCACGCUGUACUUUUCGGCGCAACAACUAGAAAUACUUUCCAACUUUACAUUUCAUAUUGCUAUACUACUGUGAAAAGCUUUUCGAAGGAAAUUUGUCUUAGAAGCGAGUCUUCAUCAUUUAACUCAGUUUCAUUAUCUCUAUUUGUGAAACCACGACAGUCAUGAUAUGACUUCCUCAUUUGAUAUGGGUUAGUUUAUAAAUGACGAGAUCUAUCAUUACCCUAUGCAUCCUGAUUCUUUAAAGUCAAGUGACUUAAUAUUUUUACUUCUACUUGUUAAACACAAUAUGCAUCUUUUAAAGGAAUCCUUACAUUACAUCUGGUGAAUAUUCCUAAUUAUUCAUAUCUGUUGAAGUGAUUCACACACUUAACAAAGUACAUAAAAGAAACUAUUAUUUGUUGGUUUAAUUUUAGUGAUUUCUCGGUGUGUUACUUGGCUAUUGAUGAAUUCGGUGAACAGUUUUAUUUACCUUUACAAUCCGACUGGGAUCUGGAUGCGUCGAUAGUCACGUCAUCUGAUUCCACUUUACGACUUAAAAUAACCCUAAAGCCUAAAGUUUCUGAUCUUCAAGACUGGGAUAUUAUUAUUCCAAGUGGUGUUCAGUCUAUCUCCAGAAGAAGAAGGUCACAAAAUGAUACAAAAAGUGAUCUAACAUUCAGUGAUUCUAAAGGACCAUCACUUUUUUCACAAAUUACUCAACGACUUGAAAAAACUGUUGCAAAUAUGCGCAAGGCUAUAGGAAUUGGAAUGGAUGGUGAUGAUAUGUUUCACACCAUCCAUCCUCCGAUAUCAGAAUUACAAAUGAGAUUAUACAUGGAUGAUAAUGGACGCAUUAUAUAUCUAAAUCAAUUCUACCUAGAUGUUUAUCUAAAUGGUCUAGAGCACAGUUUACGUAAAGUUGGUUGGCGUAUAUUAUUAUCAGUUUGUCCAGCGGAUACAACCGGUCAAGAACGUUUUCAUUUACUGGAUAUCAAAGCUCAACAGUAUGCUACUCUUAAGGAAAAUUGGAAAAAGUUAUACGUAAUGGGUUUGAUGUCUGAACAUCAACUAUCUACAUUAGCUUCAAUAAGCAUAGAUGUUGUUCGUACAGAUUGGAAAGAAGACUAUUAUCGUUCUGUUGGCAACCAUCACCGAGUGUGUCAAUUGUUUGAUAUUCUAGCUACUUAUUGUAUACAUCACCCAAAUAUUGGAUAUUGUCAAGGUAUGUCAGAUUUGGCCAGCCCAUUAUUAGUUGUUCAAAGUGAUGAAGCAUUGGCAUAUCUCUCGUUUUGCGCUUUAAUGCAACGUGUUAAAUUCAAAUUUGGUGAUACGCAGCAAUCUAUAUUAAUUAACAAUAUGCAAGAUUUACAUGACCUUCUAACGUAUACAGAUGGUGAAUUAGCACAAUUUUUCCGUGAACAUAAUUUAGCCAACAUGUAUUUUACUCAACGUUGGUUUGUCUUAGAAUUAAAACGUGAAUUUAACUUUGAUGAAUCUUUACGUAUGUUUGAAUCACAAUGGGCUGCUUUAUGUCUUGUAAAAAAUAAUAGUUUAACUGAAAUUGAAACCUGCAAUUCUAAAUCUGAAGGUUAUCUUGUUUUAACUGAUGGUACAUGUAAUUUGUACAUGCCGAAUUCUUCAUUCACGUCAACAAAUUCUCUUAACUGGUAUCAUUACACAGCAAGAGAUGUUAGUCUAAUCAAUUCUUUAAUAGGUUCAAAUUAUGUUGUUGACUUGAAAAAAAAAGGAUGCACUACUGUGUUUGACCCAGACAUGGUUGGACAAGACCAUCCAUCUUCUGUUUCUUCCCCUCCUCAAUUUAUCCCUUCUGAUGCCCACUUCUCAUGUAAAUUAUCUAAUGAAGAUCAUUCUGAAAAUCCACAACAAACCUCAUCUAAGACGUUAAUUACAGAAACUCAAUUUGAAAUUAUCUCUAAUGAAUCACUAUUGGAUUUUACAAACUCUAUAAAAAAACAAUCUUUACAUUUGACACCAACUAAACGACUAUCUUCAUUUUCUAUUGAAAAUGAACCUAUUCAUAUUAAAACCAAUGUAACACAUUUACGACCACCGAAUCAAUUCGGUCAAGGUAAUCCAUUUCUCCUGUUUCUCAGUUUAUCAUUAAUCUUAGAAUAUAAAGAGGUAAUUAUGCUAGAAAUUAAAGAACCUGGGGAUAUUAUACAAUUCUAUCAACAACAAUCUGGCAAACAUAAUUCUUCUAGAAUAUUAUAUCGUGCGAAAAAGUUAUUUAAUAAAUACUUAGAAGAAAAUAAUUUCCAAUUUUUUAGUUAAACUUUAUAUACUAAUAACUGUACAGUCGUAGAAAAAAGAUCCAGCUAAUACAGACUCACUCAACCAUACAUGACAUUACUGUAUCCUCAUUUUGUACCAUUAUUUUGUUUUCUCUUAAUUAUUUGUUUAUUUUUAAUAUUAACUUUAUUGUUAUUAUUACUACUUUUGUUAAUUAACCAACAUUACUUCGAAACAGAUCUUACAGUACAACAACAACCUAUUUUCACUGUGAUAAUCAACAUAUCUAUUUCUCUUUCAGAUUUUGAAAUAAAAAUAUUUUCGUAU